AUGGCCGAUGUUGCAGACGACUGGAUUGUUGCUGACAGCGAAGACGAAGAUGCUUUACGACCUCUUCAAAUUGCCGACCAAAGCGGCCUCUUGAGCGGAGCCCCGUUUUCUACAGGCCCGGAAAACAUACAGCCGUCAACAAUUCAGACUGCUUCAUUUAUUACCAGUCAAGCACAGACUCCCCAGCGAGGACGUGAACCUCUCGACACAAGUAAUGUGUCUCUAUUUACACCACCUCCAGGCUACCAAGACUCUGAACCACCAAAUCCUUCUCCGUCACUUCCUCGUGGCGCGGGAACACCUGUACCGAAGUCUAAACCGCGCCCACGUCCUAUGCCGCGAAAGUCUCGAACUACGACUACCAUAUAUGACGACUUCAUCAAAGACGAUGAACUUCGUUCCUCUGGCUCACUCAUCGACUCUGCUUCUGUAAUCCCAGCUAGUACCUUGGCUGCAGACAGCAUCCGCCCUCCAACCACACCAUCUGCGGUUUCAGAUCUCAUCGAGGAAGUCGAUCCUGCGUUUAGCAUUGCCGACCGAGCCAAGACGCGCACUCGGAAGACUCAGGUUAAGAAGCCGACUUACGUGCCUGUCAACCAUGAUGUGAUAGAGUUAACGUCCGACUCCGACCUCGACGAACUAUCACUCAAGCCUCCACGGAAGCGGCAGAAAUCUCAAGACAAGCCCGUCAAGCCCAAGCCGAAACCCAGGCCUAAACCGAAGCCUAAAGCUAGGACAUCGCCUUUACUGAAGGUUCCUGAACAAAGCAUCGUCGAUACUCAGCCGAGCAACGUUGUGGUUCUUCCUGCACCGCACGAGCCAGUGCUUCCGUCUCAACUAUCUUCUACAACAUCACGCCUCCCGUCUUCUAUUCCUGCUUUACCCGAUUUGUCCUCUCCGCCCUCUUCUCCACCCCAGAUAACUCGUAAACGGAAGAAGGUUUCCCCGCUUCAGUCAGAAGUUCAUGGCGAAAAGAUGGAUGUAGACGUCGCCGAUACUUCGUCAUCCUCUAUUAUAGCACCUCCUCUAUUCUCUGCACAAUUGUCGCCCGUCGUCGCAGAAAUGGACAAUUCGCACACACUUGGAGAUGAAAACGGGGACGCAGACAUCAUCGUUGCUGCGAACAAGGGCAAGAAAAAGGACACAAAGUUGUCUUCUCGAGCGAAGGGGAAGAAAAAAGGUAGGAAGCAGGCUGACAGAGUCGAACUCGACGAUCUUGCGCACAAAUCCCCCAUGGAUGAACCAGCUGCAGGUAAUAAUGCCCUCGAAGACGACGAUUUCGUUGAGGAAGAGGAAACGACAGUUAUAUCGAAGAAGAAGGCACUAUCGAAACCCACCUCCACUGCAAAACCGAAACCGAAACCUAAGGCAAAAGGUAGAAGGAAAGCGGUUCUCUCGGAAAGUGAAAAUGAGGACGGCAACGACGACCCUCCUCGUUCGAGGUCACCUAACCCAAGUAGGCAUUUGCCCGAGGACGAAGACUCUCGAGACGACAACCCCAAGGGGUCCGAAAUCAUUGUAACCCCUGAGAUAACCAAGAAUAUUCCACCGAAAAGCAUAGCUCCCCCACCAAAGCAGACUCCGUCUGUCACUCUCCAGUCACGCGCCUUCAGCAUCAAACCCAAGUCGACCCCAAUGUCAGAGCUCAUCCGACGUGUCAACUCACAACCAAAUUCACCGUUCUCAAACGGGCCUUCCUAUUCGCCAUUGGUGAAGUCUUCGCGAACGAUGCUUUCACGGAUUGCACCACUCCACACCAACCGACGGACCCCUCCACCACCAUUACCGAGACCUCCCCCGCCGAAGAAGAGCAAGAAGCAGAUAGAGAUGGAGGAGCGUAUCGAGGAGGAGUUGUCGGAGACUGUUGAGGGGUGGUCGUGUAUGACUGACGAGGAGAGGAGGAACUUGCGGAGAGCGCGAAUUGAUGCUGAGUUGGGUUAUGAAUGAUUGCGAGUCGUGCCAGUGUAUUUUUAUUCCUUGUCAUGCCGUUUACUUUUUUAUUACUAUGUAUUGUGCAACUUCAUGGGGAGCUUG